UUUUUCAUUGUCAAUUACAGCGAACGGCGCAACAGGCUUGUUGGGUGGUUGACAGUGCCCGGAACAAAACAUAAAGAGCAUAGAACCUCUGUCUGCAUGAAGAGCAAGGGAGAGAAAGAGAGAAAGAAAGAGAGAGAGCGGACGAAUGCAUAAGCAGCAAAGGGAAGACAAAGAAAGAGGAAGAUCAAAACAAACGACGCCCAUUCUCCGAGCUGGCUCUACAACGCUAUCGAACAGCUUGAAUCAUCAAUCGAAUUCGGGAGUGUUUUGUUCGGUGGCAAGGAUUCUACGCGGUUACCUUUGUAUCGCCCGGCGGCGUCGCGACGCCUUUUCACUGUCGAUGGGUUCUUGGCUUGCUGGCUGCCGGAGCAGGAACGGUGAGGAGUAGUCCACAGCCUGCUGCUGCUGGUGAUGGUUCAAACAUAGCCUGAACCUUCGCCCCACCCUACUACGAACGCCUAAAGUGGACCAUACGGUUGCGGUCAGAUGGCGGGUAAUCGCUAGGCGCCAUAGACUCCAAGGCAAGGGCAUCUUGGACUAGACGGGAGCGACAAGCGAAUCCGGUAGCUUCUCUUACUCCGUGAUACAAAUUGUGGUGUGUGGGAGUAGGUGUGUGUUUUUAUUUGUGUGCAGGAGGUUUGGCGGAUUGAGUCCGUUUGAGUUCCACGUUCCAGCUAUGCGUACGCAAUAUUGGGUUGGAGCGAUAGCGGCCGUCCUCUGCGCCAUAUGCGUCCGUUCGUCGGCCUUUCUCUAUCUAAUGCUCUUUCUUCUCUACUCGCUCGUGCUUGUCGCAAUAGCGAUCUUUGGAACGAUCUAUGUGCAUUAUAAGCUCACGAACCGGGACUCGAGCUCAGAUGGCAGCAUCAUCGAAGCCGGUCGCUAUGCCACCUCUCACAUGUUGUUUGCCGCUAACAGGCCCUCAAUAUUUGCUGAUCCGCCCGGUACACCGCUCAUUUCUGCGAUGUCGGCGACCGGAACCGAUGCGACCUCGGAAGCUGGACGCAAUGCUACUACCCUCGGCAACAGUACCACCGGGACCGGUGCUGGUGCGGGCCAGUUUUCCCUCAUCUUCGGGCGCACGGUCGACGGGUUGCUGCUGCAGAUCAUUGCCAAUGCAAUGCGCGAUCUAGUGACACCGGCUCUCGAGACGGUGGUGGCGAACCCGCGCCGCAUCGUUGAUCUGCUGCGCGACGACCUGUGGCUCGCGAUUGAGAAGCUACACGAGCGGGCCUCGCGCAUCGAUGCACCCAAGCUGAUCGCUUGCGAUUUCGUGACAAAGGUUACGCUACACCUGCAGAAGAUUCGCCAGCAGGCUGCAGUGCAGGCUAGCGGUGAAAGCGUACCGGAGAGCAGCGACUGUGGGAUCGGCACCGGUGCUGGGGGCGAAUUCUGUACUGCUUCCUACCUUACCACCGUCGAGCGGGAGUUGGACUUUCUCAAGAAGAUCGGCGAAAUAUUGAUCAUCUUUCUACUGCCACGCGGCUACUCACUAUCUCCCAUCAAGGAUCUGCUGAGCGAGGUGCUGGCGUACCGGGUGUUGCACCCGGCCAUCCGCUACCUCACCUCGCCGGAGUUCAUCAACCAACAGAUCGUGGAGUGCAUCGAGACGAAGCUGGUGGCGGUGGCAAUACAGAAGCGAAGCAACGAGUAUGCCGCCAAUUUCGAGGACUUCCUGCGAAUCAUCGACAUGACGCAGACGGUCGACGAGCUGCACUCGAUUCGCGCCAGCAUCGUCAACGAUAUUCUGCAGGCAACCACCAUGGAAACACUAGUAAGCGCCCAGCGAUCGAGCGUGGGGCUGUUUCACGAGCAGGACGCUUCGGAACAGCAGCAAUCAACUUCAGCAUCACGGAUCACCUCGGCAGAUUUAACGGCCGGGCUCAAGCUGAAGAAGUAUAUCCAGCAGCUGGCCUACGCCAAGAGCCAGUGCGAAAAGUGUCUGAUGCGGCUUGGCUGGGAAGGCAAUGUCAGCAACGAUGUCGACCUGUCCACGCUCGACAUCCUGUCUACGGUGGCCGGUCGCCGCCAUCUGACUGCCUUUCUCGAGCCGCUGAAUGCCGGUACGCUCGUCGGCUACUACACCACGGUGGAAGAGCUCCGACGGGCACCAAAGUCCGCCUGGCAUCAGCUCGGUGCCGAGAUCUUCUACACGUACGUGCGUGCCCCCAACUCGGAGCUGCCGCUCGAUCGCGGUGCCCGAAAGCGCAUGGAGGCGUUUCUGGUCGGUGAGGGCGGCCCAGAUGUGUUCUACGAGGUGCAGCGUGACUGUCUGCUGUUGCUAGAACGGAAGUACCACCAACCGUUCCUGCUGAGCGAGGAGUAUGCGCGACUCAAGAACUCGUUGACGCAGGAAGACUUCAAGGAGAUCGUAACAGCAUGCGGUUCCGUCGCAGGUGGUGGCAUCGGUUCGCCUAACGUAUCACAGUACAGCACGGACAGCCAGGACAGUGACACCGGUUCAUCAGUGGCGAUGCCCAGUUCCGUCGGCAACGGUGGAGACAAUAGUGGGGGAGCUGGCACCGGAUGUGUUGGGUCAUCGAGCGGACCUUUGUCCGAUCAGCCACUUGUCGACCUAAGCAACCACUCGCAAUACGCGCGCAACAAGCUCGACCAGCUGGACGAGAAGCUGGCAAACAAGCAGCAAGCACUCGAGGCACUAAAACACUCACUGAAGCCCGACUCGAAGCUGCUGCUGAUGCUCGAACGUGAAAUCGAGUGGCUGCGUGGGGAACGGCGCCAGCUCGAGUCGCACCUGCUGCGGACGGAGGUGUGGAGUGAAUACCUCGGUCGAUGGCGGGCGAUUGUCGAGAGCGUCAACUUCUCCGACGACCGAGAACCGCCACAGUUCAUGAUUGUCGUGCAGGUGGACGAGAUGAAUGAUUGCGGGCGGGACGGUGUGGCGACCGCACUCGAUGCCACCGAGAGCAUCUCGACUGGCUGGGUGGUGGUACGUUCGCUGUCCCAGUUUCACGCCCUCCAUCGCAAGCUGCGUCCGAUGGCUAGCGAGCUGCGACAACUGGAUCUGCCCUCGAACAACGCGUUCAAGCUGUUCCUGUUGAAGAACGAUCGUGCGCUGCUGGAGCGGGCCAAGGCGCAAGUUCAGCGCUACCUGACCUUCAUCCUCGAGGACGAUCAUCUGAACCAGAGCGAGGCGGUGUACGAGUUUCUCAGCCCCAGUUCGGAACGGCUCAAGCAGGGCGGCUCGAUGAUGAUGAAUGCAAUGGCUGGUGGUGGUAGUAGCGGUAACGGCGGUAACGGUGGUGUGCAUCCGUCGCCAUCGAAAAAGUCCAAGUUCUCGCUGGCUACCCUGUUCCGUGGCAACAGUGACCGGCUGGAGCAGCUAUGGUCAGCCGGGACACCCAUGCACACGCUGGCCGACUAUACACCGGACGCCGAUCCUGACCAGGUGUCCCUGUACCUCGAUGGUCUUUGUUGCGGUGGAUCAGGAAGAGGUGAGGAAGGAGCUCGAGGCCCGUUCGGGUCACUCUCCAGCUAUCCGUCGGCCGAUACGAGCCCAGAGGUGCGCGAUUCGAUCGCCGAGCCGCUGUACGCGCUGCUGGGCGAACUGUUUGAUCUCGGUGGUGUGUUCCGCUGGUUACGCAAGAGCCUGAUCUCGUUCGUGCAGAUCACCUACGGUCAGACGAUCAACCGGCAGCUACGCGAAUCGAUCAACGCCAUGUUCGACGAGCCGAUGCUGCACGCAUACGCCAGUGCCGUACUGAAAAGCUGUUGGCCGGGAGGUGGUCCGCUUAGCCCGCACGUGCUGCGCGGGGCGGCCGAGCGGACCGACGAUCAGCGCGAAAUGACCGCGAAUGCAGCCCGCUCAUUGCUGCAGGAUAACAUUCCCGAUCUACUGUGCAGCCUGAUCGGUGCCCAGAACGCGCGCCAAGGAACGAUCAAGCUGUUCGAGGCACUCCAGAAUCCACUCUACAACAAGCAACUGUUCUACGAUCUGCUCGAAACACUGAUGCUCGAGCUGUUCCCGGAAAUCCGACAGCAAAAACAGUCGAGGCCGACAGCUCGGGAACCGAAUCACCAUACUGGCACGUCUCCGCAACCCACUACCACCACCUUCACCGCAUUCUGCCCACCGACGACGGCGUCUAGUACGCGCGCCCGAUAUACAUAGCACAGGACCUGAACACUAGUUUAAACCAGGCGGCAUUUCCGCUGCACCGGACUCUUCUUGACUAACGCAUUCGAAGUGAAAAUGUAGGAGAAAGAGAGAGAGAGAGAGAGAGAGAGAGAGAGAGAGAGAGAGAGAGAGAGAGAGAGAGAGAGAGAGAGAGAGAGAAACAAAGUGGCCGGAAGUGAGAUGAAAUGUGGGACCUCUACCCACCGAACUGAACCUAUUGGACCGAAUGAACCACGCAAGCACUACACACUCCAGGAGAAUGGUCUGUGCCUGUUCGUAGCACUUUCGCUUCAUAAACACGGCCCACUGCCGCCUUCUUGUCCAUAAAUCUGUUGGACAGAGCUUUUCGGGCACCGAAGCUUCCCUUUUCCUUCCCUCCUUAGGCAUUCCUAUGGUGCGCAUGGUGCUGAGUGGUGCUGUCGUUCAAUAUCAAAAUACCUGUUUUACAGUGAA